UUGGGCUCGAUUUCUUGUGCCUUUAAGGGAUUUGUCGAGCUAUAAUCAUUCGUAACUCCGCUCUCUCUCCAGCUUCCAACAUCCCUCAUGUCCCUCAUUGACGAUUUCCUGGAGUCGACUGAGCCUGGGGGUUCUUCAACGUUGGCUCAUUACGGUGACCAAAAUGGAUUAGGAGGAGGCUCCUUUGCUAAUGAUUACUCAAACGAUAACAUGGUUCGCAUGGAGACCGGCUUCGUUUCAACCGGACUGAAUGACACAGAUAACAGGAUUUUCGUUUUGGAUCGAGUGCCAUUGCCAGUAUCAGCGACAUUAGUAGCCGUUGCAGUAUCGAAUAACACCUUGGUCGUAGUGUUUGACACACCGCAAAUCCUUCGGAUAGACUUGUUGCAAGGAGACCAGAUUGAAUAUAUCGAAAUCCCGCGAAUAAGCAAAGAUGGUGCAAUCACUGCCGCAUUUUUUGAUCCAACCGGUCGCCAUCUUAUCAUAACAACCGAUAUUGGCGAGAAUUACUACUUGUAUGAGAAGUGGCAAAAGUGCAAAUUGUUGAAAACCCUCAAGGGUCAUGUCAUCACCUCUGUAGCAUGGAACAAACAAGCAACCCUUGCCGAUCCAUCAACGAGAGAGAUUUUGAUCGGUACAAAGAAUGGUCAAAUAUAUGAAGCUUGCCUCGAACCAAGCGACGACUUUUUCCGCCGUGAAGAGAAACCUCUCAAAUUUUUGUACGCUAUCAACGAACCUGUUUCGCCUAUCAACGGUUUAUAUUUCGAACAGUUCCCUGGAAACUCUAGAAAGUACUUUAUCAUGGCCGCCACACCAACCCGUAUUUAUGAAUUCAUUGGCGUAGUGGGUCCUGCAAGCCAAAAAGCUUCCGCAGAUGGUGAUGAGAAACGAAAGAAGGGAAAUUUUGAGGGGAUCUUCUCGCAUUACGAAAACAAUCCAGUCUUUCUAGAACUUCCGGGCGAUCUAUCGUAUAGCGAGCUCCACUUCUUUAGCCAAUUCAAAGAUUUGCAGCAGCGUGGCGUAGCACAGAGUUUUGCUUGGCUGACCGUUCCUGGUAUCUACCACGGUAACUUGGUGUUCGGCUCACAGAAUCCUGGCGAACAUGUUAUAGACAACGCACAACUUCUGCAAUACCCUACAAAUACUUUAGAGAGCGGCGAAACACAAGUUGAUUCUGUUCCGUUAUCCAUCGCAAUGACAGAAUUUCACUUUAUUCUCUUGUACAAAGAUCGCAUACGUGCUAUCUGUCACCUCAAUGACGAAAUUGUAUAUGAAGAGAUGAUCAACUUGGCUGCAAAUGAGCAUGUUGUGGGGCUGACAAUGGACGAAACUAACGGUUCCCCAUGGGUUUACACAAAUCUAUCAUUAUAUGAACUAAUCAUACGUGAGGAAAGUCGAGACGUUUGGAAAAUAUACCUUGAAAAGAAGCAAUACGAUACAGCCCUUCAUUAUUGCCGAGACGAUUCCCAGAGAGACAAAGUCUACACCACACAAGCCAACGACUACUUCUCCCAACAGCGAUAUCAACUCAGUGCAAAGUACUUUGCAGAGAGCGCUGUGCCUUUUGAAGAGGUUGCUCUUCAGUUUGUUGAGCGAGAUGAACGCGAUGCCCUGCGAAGUUAUGUUGCCAACAAAUUGGAUCGGUUGAGAAAAGGCGAUCUGACACAAAAGACCAUGCUGGCGACUUGGCUGGUGGAGCUUUAUCUCUCCAAGAUUAACCAGCUCGAAGAUCUCGCUUCCUCCGCUACCCAUACCACCGAUCUCAUCGCGUCGCAAGCCAACGUUAUGCCUGACUACAAGCAGCAACAGGAAGAUAUUGAGGAUGAAUUUAGAACCUUCCUCGAGACGUACAAGGGCCAUUUGCACAAGCCUACUACUUACAAACUAAUUUCUAGUCAUGGCAGGAGCAGCGCCAUGUUAUACUAUGCCGACUUAAUUGGUGAUUAUGACCGUGUCAUAUCUCACUGGAUUAUUGAAGAGAAUUGGCCAAAGGCGUUAGAAGUGCUUGGAAAACAGGCCAACUCUGACGUAUUUUACAAGUACUCUCCGGCUCUCAUGGAAAAUUCACCAUAUGAAAUGGUCACUCUGUGGAUGCAAUCGAAUCUCAACCCUCGCCAGCUUAUACCAUCCUUGCUUAGAUAUGACCACUCUAAGGUGACUGACAAAGGCCAACAAAAUCAAGCCAUUCGUUAUCUGUCUUAUGUUGUCACAACCCUUGGAAACACAGAUCCUGCCAUUCACAACUACCUUUUGACAUUGUACGCUACACAACAGACCCAAGAUGAAACAGCGUUGUUGGCGUUCUUGAAGAAUGAAGGACGAGAAAUGCACUACAACCUUGACUACGCAUUGCGUCUUUGCAGCCAGAACAACAGGAUGCAAAGUUGUGUACAUAUCUAUAGUCAAAUGGGUCUCUACGAAGAAGCUGUCAAUCUGUCACUCAAGUAUCAUGACUUGGAACUUGCUAGAAUCAACGCAGACAAGCCAGAGGAAGAUGAUGUUUUGAGGAAGAGACUGUGGCUGAACAUUGCCAAACACAUUGUUCAAGAAAAGAAGGAUAUAAAAACUGCCAUGGAAUUCCUCAAGCAAAGUGAUCUUUUGAAGAUUGAAGACAUUUUGCCCUUCUUCCCUGAUUUUGUUCUAAUUGAUGACUUUAAGGAUGAAAUUUGUUCAGCUUUGGAAGAAUAUAAUAUCCACAUUGAAAGACUCAAAGAAGAUAUGGACGAAGCGACGAGGAGUGCAGAGAAUAUCCGUCUUGACAUUCGCCAAUUGCGUAGCAGAUUUGCCAUCAUUGGAUCUCUCGAAAAAUGCAACAUCUGUGACCUUCCCCUUCUGACAAGACAGUUCUAUGUCUUCCCAUGCCAACACUCUUUCCACGCCGAUUGUUUGGUUGAUAGAAUCACCAAAUACCUCAACACACGUCAAAUUCGUCGUCUUCUCGACUUGCAAGAGCAGCUUUCUAAAGAGCUUAAUUCAAAACACAAUCUGCAAAAAUCCUCUGGGUUCAACUCGGCGGCAAACAAGUUCAUCACUGCAGCUGCAGGGAAUUUGAAAGGUGUGAUUUUCCCUGGCGACGCAGCGUUGCACGGCAACGAUGAUGCGUCGGUCAUGAUAGCCCGUUCUGAACAGCUGAAAGAGGAACUGGACGACAUUGUCGCCAGUGAAUGUGUGUUGUGUGGCGACAUCAUGAUCAAGUCCAUCGACCAACCAUUUGUAGGCGAAGACGAAGUCGAUGCCGUCAUGUCUUGGAGUGUAUAACGCUAUCUUGAUCUAGUAGUAGAACGUGUACUGUAAAAAGAACGAAAGAAGAAAGUUUUUUAAUUCAAGAGAGAGACGAAAACUACAUUAAUUAAAAUUCCACUAUGAUACAGCUUUUGUGUGCAAU